CCAUCAUAAACUUAUCUCAAACUUGUUCAAAUUUCAUAGGCCAAACCAGAGAAAACAACUUGGAAACACACCUAAAGAAAAGCCACCCACAGUAAACCAGCAGACUUGGAAUCUCCAGUUGUUGGGAUUUCAAGAUGUCUCUAUUCAUGUUCUGCUGACAACAGAAAACCAAAAGGGAACCCAUUUUCUUUUCUUCUGGAGGCAGAAAUCUCCGUCUCAAGGGGAAGAAAAAAUUCCCUUGAAAUCUAUCAAAACUCAUGUUUCUGCUUUGAGAUUUCCUCUAAAGAUGGUGCAAAGAAAGGUGAGCAACAAGCUUGGUAUCCAUGCUGAUCAGGAUAAAUCCAACAAGCUGUUGGUGAACCUCAAACCAUCAACUCUGCAGCAUCAGGAUGCCAAAAACAAAGGAGCUGAUUUGAAGAAGAAAAUGAAGAAAUCAAGACCAAUCAAGCUUUCUGAUCUUGAACGCCUUGGUUCGCCAAAUAUGAGAAGGCAAGUACCUCAGCCUGGAAAGCCACCACCACCAAAACCACCACCUCCAGUAUUUCCAAAUACCUCUGCAUCCCCACAGAAGUCCCCGGUCAAAACACCAGAAACAGCACCAAACUAUAUGAAGGCAACUACCAGUUCUGAUGCAAGGAAAGAACGUUCUCAGGUGAGUUCCAGGAACCUUCAAACUCUCUUUGAUAGUCAAAGCUCAGGCAGGAAGGAUUCAAAUAGCUCAAAAAUGAGCUCAGGUUCUGUUCACAAGGCAGCAAGAGUUUUAGGUAGGACUUCCAGUUCGAAACUAGUUAGGACACUAACAAAAACAACUAGUUUUAAACCAGCAAGAGCUUCAGCCAAAAAAUGCUCCCCUCUUGUCCUAAGUGAAAAUCUAAAUGUUCAGAGAGCAACCUGUUCUUCAACUUUGAAGGACUCAAAAUUUCCAGCUUACCUUGCUCUUAGUUCCGGAGCAACAGAAGCAGAAGGAACCUCUGUCAUGAAAGUCUGCCCCUAUACUUACUGUUCUUUGAAUGGUCAUCAUCAUCCUCCUUUACCACCAUUAAAAAGCUUCUUGUCUGCAAGAAGGCGCCUGCUGAAGACUCAAAGAAGUUUCAAACUGGGAUGUCUCUCCCCACGACGAUCAAAGCCGGUUAGCAGCAGUACGGAAGAAAUUCAGGUUGAGCAGAACCAUGAGAAAUCUUCAUCUCAAGAACCAUGGGACAGUUCAAUGAGUAGCCCAGUCAUAGAAGAAAAGCAAACUGAUUUCUUCGUUCAGAUUUACGGUAAAGGAAGGGAAACUAAAGUUGAUAUCACUGAUUCUUCUCUCAACCAUAUCAGGCCUGCAGUUGAGGGAAGACCAAGUGGUGGUGAAACACCAACACAAGUUGACAACAGACAAGUUCUUGCAAUACCAUCAGAUGAAUCCCCUUUCUCUGAGAUGGAUUCUCAUGAUGAUAGCAGCAAAAUCAUUGAUGCUGCUUCAUCAGUCAUUGAAGUGGCUGAUUAUUGUGAGGCAGAGAGUUACUCAACUAUGGAUCUUGAUUAUGAACCUGACAGUUCACUGCAAAGCAUCCAAGAUUCUGAUUUAGGACGAGAUUCACCUGAGUUUGGAAGCUGUAUAAUUCCUGAAGUAUCCAUUUUCAAAUCAGCUAUUACAAAUAGGUGCUUUGGGGAAAUUCAGGCAGGUACGAUCCUGAAACAAUCAUCUGAUGAAGAAUCCAUUGAUAGAGAAAGUGUGAGCUCUAAAGCAAGUUCAUUUUCAGAUUAUUGGGCAGAGGAUUAUGUUGAAGGGCUUGAUGAUGGAAGUCAUGAUGAAUUAGGUCUUCAGUUUAAAGAUGAAUCUUUCGAGCCUAUCAAGACACAGGAUCUCAUUGAUUAUCUCAAGGAUGGAAUUGUGCAGAAUGAUGUUGAAGCCGAACAGGUACGGGGCCCAGAUUCGCAAGAUUUUCAUGAUAUGAUUGAAGAAAGUUGUGAAGAUGGGAUGGAAGAGAAUGAGCAAGGUGAUCCUUUUAAAGCACCUACCAAGAUUGAAAUUUGCAUUUCUCUGCAUAGUUCAGCUGAGGCCACCGGGGACAUGUCAGCAAAGGAUUGCAAGGACAAUAACCUGGAGGACAUUCGAAUUGGUGGAAAAUCAGAUCGAACUUUGGCAAAUAUGGAACUAACAAAAGGAGCUCCAGAUCAAUCAGCUCAUGACAACUCCAUAAGCAGUGGUUGCGAAAAUCUAAAUUGCUUGGAAGAAAAUGAAGCUGGGAACUUCAAAACGAUAGCAUCUGCUGAUUUAGGAGGAGAAAAAGCAAACCCCACACCCAAGAAUGCAUGUGGCGGUACACAAAAUGACCGUAAGAGAAGCCUUUCAUGUCAAGAAUUGGCUGAAACAUGCAAAAGGAGGAGCUGGAGAACUGGAUGCAAAAGAUCUACUGAAGAGUACCAGGAAUUGAAAGAAUUCAAUCCAAAAGCACCAAAUUUUCUGCCACUGGAGCCUGGCCCGGAAGCAGAGAAGGUUGAUCUCAGGCAUCAAACAAUCGAUGAAAGGAGAAAUGCAGACGAAUGGAUGCUGGAUUAUGCUAUUCAAAAGGCAGUCAACAAACUUGGUCCAGCGCGCAAGAAGAAGGUUGCAUUGCUUGUUGAAGCUUUUGAAACAGUUAUGCCAGUACCCAGAUAUGAUACCCAACCGAGUCACAGCUCAUUCUCAUUCAGUCAUGCAAGAUCAAUUCAAGCUUGCAGUUGAUACCACUCUGAGAAGAAACAUCUGCAAUUAUACGUACUCCUGGGAGAUGACAAACUGAAGAAGGUUUACACCAAGAAGCUAGUAGUUGAUUGAUCCAGCUUUACCAGAGAAGCAGCAGCUUCAUAUCUUGAAUUGUUGGGUCAGAAUAUUAAUGAUAUAUCACCGUUUCUUCAAGUUGAGCCAUUUGUUUGAAGUUCGUGUGGUACUUUUAUUGUGUUAAACAGCCUUAUCAGUGUUUUUGUUGUUGGUGAAAAGGUAAUUUCACCAUUUUAUUUAUGUGCAAGAGUAGUUUAUGCGUCUUCCAAAAAUUCAACAACUGAAUCUUAUGGCAAUUCACAAUUUCUACUUCA